ACUUGUACAUAAAAAGAAAGAGAACGCAUGCGCAAUGCGCAUUUCGAAUUCGUCAUUCAUCUUUACUGUGGCCGACAUUUCUAUUAUAAAGAUAAUCUUGAUCCGUUAAUUUUGCUUACGAAAUACAAUAAUUAACACAAAAUGCCGAACCAAGUGUUAACUAUAGAGCCGCAAAAUGAACUGAAGUUCAAAGGAUUGUUUGAGUUGGGCUACACAACUUACAUGACACUGACAAACCCAUCAGAGCAUACUGUCUUGUUCAAAAUCAAGACUACAGCCCCAAAGAAAUAUUGUGUUCGUCCUAACUCUGGGGUGCUCGAACCCAAUUCCAAAGUUGAUAUAGCAAUAACUCCUCAGCCUGUCCAUGUGGAUCCCAAUGAAAAACAUAAACAUAAGUUUAUGGUGCAAAGUGUUAUUGCUCCAGAAGGAAAAACUAACAUAGAUCAAGUGUGGAAGGAAAUAAGUCCUGAUCAACUUAUGGACUACAAGUUGAAAUGUGUGUUUGAGACUCCUCGAGGUACUAAUCUUAACGAUUCUGGAGAUACUGCUGCUCAGAACGAAGUCAAUAAGAAGAGAGUUGCAGUGGCCGCAGCUGAAGAUGUUAAAUCAGUAACAAAGGAUGCUGUAGAAGGUCUUAUCCAGAAUGAAGCAAAGAGGAAGGAUGAUGACCUCACGUCGGGAACGUUAAGUGCGAAAACGACUAAUUUCCCAAAAUCUGAAAACCUCGAAAGCGAUUUGCAAAAGGCGACGAAUGAAGUGAUUCAUUUGAGGGAGGAGGAAAGCAAAUUACGACAUGAAAAUCUUCGAUUAAAAGAAGAGCUGCUGCGCCUGCACCAGUCUGUGGGUGGCGAGGGUCGCGCGGUUCGCCGUCAUUCCUACGGGCCGGAGAAGACUGACCAGAUCGCGCUGAUGCCCUGGAUCGCCACCGCCAUAGGCAUGGCGCUGCUCGGCAUCAUCAUCGGCAAGUUCAUCAUGUGAAUGAUCUCCGACGCCGCGGUGAUACGACGCCACCUCACAGACGCCGCUGUUACACCACUCCCAACGCAUCCCUCACACAAGGCAGCUUAAACGUUUUUCUUACUAGCGACUUCUACAUUCGACGCGCUUCAACGGAGCGCCGUUCAUUGACGCCCCUCUUUCGCGAUUUUUAGGAAAUCGUGACAUCCAACUUCUUCCCCAUAUCCACACCACUGUCAAGAAAUGUGUUAAUUGUAAUUAGAGUACAUUUAUACUAUACCCCGUAGCUAUUGAACGAACUUUACUGCCUUUGUAUGUGUUUCUUAAUGUUAGGAAAAGGAUUGUUUAGAGGUUUUUAUUUUAUGGAAUUUCUUUAAGGUUUAAGGUCAUUAUUAUGUUGUCUUUUGUUUGAAAUGUAUAACUUAUUUUUAACUUUCGUUGCGAGGAAGUUGUUGCAAGGAGACAAAUGAAAUUAAUUAUCUCUAUUCGUUUCUGUUUUUCAAUUAUUUAAUAUCAAAAUUUUCAAUAUAUUGUAUCACUUGUAAAUCUUUCAUAUAAUUAAGAUUGAAAUGUAAGCUUGUACAGUCCAUUACAAUAGAAAUUGUGCAAGUGUGAAUGAUAUAUCGUAUUGUUACAAAACACUUUUUACUAAAGUGGAUUUAUUGGUUACGUUAAAUUAAGAUAAUUUAUUUAUGUCGAAAUUUUGCUAUUAAAGUAUCAUAUAUUUAUAAUCCAAGAGCAAUAACUAAUAUAAUUUUAUGGCCAGUAUAAAGCAUGGUUAAAAGUUACAAUCGGUUAAUUGUUUUGAAAUGUACUAAUUAUUUAAUAUAUUAUAAGAAUAUUAUAGUAUCCAGUGUUUUUAUUCCAAUAUCAAUUGUUAAAAAUUUAAGAAGUUCGCUAUGAUAGCCGUGAACUCCAUUGAGUGGAAUAGGUUAUCUAAUCUGUGGAAGUGAAAAAUUAAAUGAUGAGAAUCAAAGUUCCAAGGCGAACGUUUCAGACAUUCCCAAAAAUAUUUACUAAUAUAUAUGGCAAUAUAUUGGAAUACACUACCUAAGAUUUGCAUUGAAGUCACAGCUGAUGUACGUAUGGGGUAAUUGUUACAAGAGGUUUAACAAGUUGUCAGUAUUGGAUAUAUAAAUAUAUAGUAUCGACGUGUUCAUUCUACAUCAAGAAAUAUAACAGAAUUUGGUUUUGUUCUAUAUAUAUAUAUAAAAAUCAUUCACAUUCAAUUACAACAAGCCAACGAUCUGAGUUAGCAUAUUAUACAAUGCAAGUUCUUAUAUAUGUGUAAUAUUUUCAGAUUAUACGUUCUCAAAUUCUAUUGAAAUGGACGGUAAGCGAAUUGUGUGUCUAUACUAUUAAUAUAUGAAGCCAUCACUUUGUCGCAGUCGUUUGAGAUUUAUUACUAAAAUAAAUUUACUCUCUAUUAAUUGUUCCUACUUAUUUAAUCAAUGUGUGACAAAGAUGUAUUGUAGGCAAUGGGUCUAUUUUGUUUUUGAAAUAUGAUAUCUUGGUUCGUAAUAAUAAAAAGACUACUUAUAAGAUAUAUUAGAAUAAUUUAUAAUUAUCUCAUAAUACAUGUUUUGUUUUAACUUUAAUAAAAACUGUAUUCAAUUUAAUAAAAUUACAUUUAUUUUGUCACAAAUAAUUUGCAAGGUUGAAUGAAAUUUAACGGGUAUUUUAAAUAAUUUCAACUUGUAGUUAUUGACAUCAAUCUUUUUAAUGUAUUCUUUUUUUGUUCAUUUAAUUAUGUUACUGUUUAAAAAAUGGAAAAUUAAGAAUACAUCUAAGCGUUCAUUUUCUUUAAAUUAUAGUUUUAAAAUGUAAAAAAAGAAUAUAUUCGAAUGCGUGUGCUCGGAUUUAAUCAAAAAUGUUUGUAUAACCAAACCGAAGAACGAAACUGCCAUAGUCAUUAUGCACAUUCAAUUAAACAUAGUUUGCAAUAAACAAAUGACCUGCGAUUAUCGAUGACUGAUCGUGGGCCAUGUGUUUAAUGCAAUAAUUUCUUUCACGAUCAUUACGUCAAAACAGCAAGACGUCACAAUAUCGAAUCCUAUGUAUACAAUAUAAACAUUAUUAGAACUAGAUAUUGAUUAGUAAUAGUUAUAUACAAGUUUUAUUGUGCACGUAACGUAACCGUACAGUGUACAUCUGGAGCAGAUGUCAAUGCCGCUGUAAAUAAAAUGUUAGCUUCUAUGUGUGCGGUCCGCUCACCGAUAAAUCCGCUCAGGACUCGAGGCAUUUAUAUUUAUUCGGCAUUUUUUUAACGUAUUUUUAUCAUACUUAUAGGUAAUCAGUUGCACUAAAAACUUAAUUCUUGAUCAAAGGUAUUUUCGUGCUUGUAAGUCCUCCUAGCAUUAGAAUUAAAAGAUCUCAUUGUCCAUUGUGAUAUAGAUCUUUAGUUAUACGCCGUAUGCUUUAACGACAUUCGUUUCAUUAAACAAAUUACUAAAUAUACGUUUUUCUUAGUUGAACGUUAAUGAUCGUGAAAUUUAUUUCUAAACUCAAUGUGACUUAUCUCAAAUGAAUGCGACAUUCAUUCAACAAACUAUUAAUACGCAAGUCAAUAUUAAAAAAUAAUAGAUAAUAUUUGAUUUCGGAUGUCUUAUUAAAUGUAUGUAUAUAAUAAGUAGAUAGUAUGUGGCGUAUAUGUUUAUUUAUUACAGAGAUUUUUUUUUGUUUAUGGAUGAUUCAUGAUUUUAAAAUGAAACCACAAAAGUUGCUGAACACACCAAGGUCAUAUGAUCAGGUUGGUCGCUGGUUAUUAUUUUCAAAAAUUUCACUCAAAAAUAACCGACACUUAACGAACAUAUUUGGUUACAUAUUGUUAUAACUAUAUAUACUAAAGAAAACUAGACAUAAAGAUUCUUCCGUGACCAUUACAGAAUAUAUUAUCGAAGGCUUCAAUGCCUCCGAUAAUUUAUGUCUAGACAUAAACCGAACUCUGAAUAAAUCUUCAUAAAAUUUUCUAAGCUAUACUUAAAAAAAUGUUAAUUUUUUACUUAAAAUUUUUACUGAGAAAUAAUCUCUUAGAAAAAUUUACAUUUUGAUCUGUUAAGGUAUACGUGUUAAUAUAUGUGGUCUCGUUCUCUAGUGUGACAUAGAUUUUUUACUGUAAUAUAUUUCAAACCAUUUUCGUAUUGAUACAUUUGACAGUUUUCAUUAGUAAUUGUUGUUGGAUAAGCCAGUGAGAAAAAUCGCUUGAAAGUAUAAUAAUAGUAUUAUAAGCGCCUCUUGUGGUAUCAAUAUACAUUUUAUUUUGGUGGUGUCAUGUAAGUUAUUUUUAAUGGGAGAUGAUGUAUUGGGAUAACGCCAUUUGUGCAUAAAUCUGUAGAGCUUUUUUUUUACAAUAGAUAAAAUUAAAUUUCCGUAUGGUAUUGUUGUUAUAUUAAACUAUUAUGCUAUAUUGUAUCGGUUUCCGAAAUAAAUUACUUAAUUUAUUUGGAA